AUGACGUCUCUACCCGGUUGCAGCGUGAGCAGUAGUGAGCGUCCUGUUGUAAUUCGAACUGCAGACGGAAAUAGCAAUGGUAUUCGUGGUGGAAGUAGCAGCCAUGCUAACCGCAACAGCAUUGGCAGCAGCCACCGGAAGGGCAACAGCAGCGGCAACCUUCAGCCCCGACGCCACGCACGAGCAAAACGUGGGUCCCAGAGAAUAUGCAGCAGCGUCGCAAGUUCCGGGAGAGACGGAGGCAGAGGAGGAGCCUCCGGUAAUGGCGACGCUAGCAGCAUCAGGAAGAUGAGGAGCAACACGCUGCCGCUGGGCCGCGCAAUAAGGCUGGUAGAACUGCGACAACGGGAGAUUCGCAGUGCACUGCAGACAAUUCCUAACGAAAUCGAGCAUGUGGCGGUUGUCGUUUCUCGUCAGGAAGGGGAAUCUGCAGGCGCUGCUGAAGGCAUGCCUGCACCAGCAAAAUCAGAAAUAUCUGCUGAUGUAGCAGUUCCAAGGAGCUUUUCCAUUCGUCUGCGAAGCAGCUGCACCAGCCACAAUGCCGCUGAACGCAGCGAGGGCGUCCCGCUCAACACCAGCACCACCACGAGUUGCAGAGAGCUUCGAAUUGCUGCUGAGUCUGCAAACCGCCAGCAUGCGGCGAAGGGGCUUCGUAGGCGUAGAGGAUGCGCAUCAGCAGCGACGGGACUGCUGGAGACGGAGCCGUUGGAUGAUCCUGCGACCGUUGCUGCUGUUGUUGCAGAGGAGCAGCGGCUUCUGGCUGCAGCCAUCGCUGCAGAACCUACACGAGGCCCGCCGCGGGAGUUAGUGGCCUGUCGCGUCAUUCAUGGGAAUCAUAAAGGCUGGGACUCUUCACUCUCUUACGCUGAGAAAAUUCGCCAUUUAGUUGAUGGGGGCUUCGUGCGGCGAUCUCUCCUGCAGAAGGUUCCGCCAUCGACUGCCUCAAUCUGCGGCCAAUUCGGCAUACCCAACCACGUAGCAAUGCUGGAAGACAGAGAUCGCGUAAAAUUCUAUACGGAUGCCAUCCGCUGGCAUGGCCCCGCCCCGCCACAACGGCAGCAGGUGCUGCCGCUCAGGAGGGAGGAGCCGUCGUUUAAGCAACAGGGACCGCUCCCGCAGGUCACAAUGCCGCAGGAGCUGCCGCAGCAGCAUAGUGAGCUGAUGGGUCGAAGUCAGGUGUAUGGGCGCCGUGUGUUGGAAAUCGGCUGCGGACCCCUUGCGCUGUUCUCGCUUCUGGCGUUGCAACAAGGGGCGGCUCAGGUUGACGCUUUGGAGCUAAAUCCUGGGGUGUACCAAUUCGCGAGCACAUUUGUCCAACAAAUAGGCGUCAACGCCCCGCCGCUGCAACAGUAUGACCUGGAGAGGCCGCAGAAACCCAAGCUCCGAGUGUUCAGAUGUUACUCGAAACUGUUCCCACUUGCGUCAUGGCGCAGCAUUGCUGUUUCUGGCUUCAAGACAUCCUGUGCCACAAGCCCUCCCCCAUUGCGUGCGGAUGCAGCAGCUGCUGCUCCCGUCGCCGCUGUCGGUGCUUCUUUAGUUGUCCUCUUACGGGGUUCUAAGGGGGAGGGAGCAGCAGCAGCAACAAGUGAGACUGCUGCUUCAGUUGCUUCAGCUGCUGAAGAUGCCGUCAUGGGGGGCAGUGCUGUUGCAGGCCAAGCCGCGACUUCCCGUGCUGCCAGAGACACGGCUGACUGUACAGCCACUGUUUCCCCGUCGUCGUUGUAUCCUGCUGCUGAAUCUGCCCCACCGUUUCCCGUAGCAGUCGCUGAUACACGGUGCAAUUUUGACGCCUCUUCGGCGGCCGCAGCGGCACCAGUGGCAGCUAAUGUUGUUGAAGGUGCUGAAUUUCAGUUCUCAAGUUGGACAGUGGGGCCACGUUACUGCUUCAAGCAACGGCAAUCACAACGGGUCGCGGACCGUCUGCAAGCUUUGCCCAGAAGCAAAAAACGUAGAUUCAAAAAAAAGCACAACAGUUACUGCAGACGCAAAGGUACGGGCACUAGCACCUGUGGGGUGAAGUCACCAAGUGCCCACCAGGUGCAGCAGGAGGGUGAGCUGUAUGACAUGGUGCUGCAUGAAAUUCUAGGAGACUUUGCCUCGCAGGAGGGGGUAGCCGACGUCAUAAGAGACAUCCAGGAGAGGACGGGGACAAUUCCCCAAAGCAUUCCAUUCGCCGCCAGAACAUUCGUUGGCGUCACUGAGCUGCCGUCGCCCUGCUGCAUCAAGUGCCCCGCCAGUGAACAUCCAGAGCGCACCGUCAUUUCCCCCCGGGAACGCCUGCUGCAAUCGGUUGGACUACGUUUUAGCGAGGCUCUCUUGAGCACCCAGCUGAAGGCCAUUGAAGAGUUGGAAUUUGAAUCCAGAAUGGACACACAAAUGUUGCAGCGACGGACACUGCUCUUUGAGGUGGAGAAGGACGGUCUUUUUGCUGGACUGUUGGCUGCAAUUGAAGUUGAAAUUCGCCCAGGCGUGUUCUUCGGUCCCGUGUACGAGGGGCAGUGUGAUAGCUGGUACACAAACGUGGUGCUUCUUGGCAAGGAGGUUUCGGUCACCAAAGGAGACAGAAUUCUUUUGCAGACGGAGGCUAACUUGACCAACUUCCAAAGAGAGCAGCACAUGGUGUGUCAUAUGCACUCCUGUUCGCUUACUUAUGUCUUCCCUCUCAGUGUCGUUGCUGAAGAUGUUCCAACUGCAGUGGCCGAGGGCUUUUCCAUUCGAAUUACAGGGAAGAGGAAAGUAACGCUCCAUGACCCGGCUGACACCAGCCAUGAUGAGGCCAGCGAGUCUAGCGCUUGUUACUGCAGAGUAAUGAACAAAGGAUGGCCCCAAGUCCAAUCAGAUAACGGAUUGGAAGCAUGA